AUGGCUUCUACAAGUGAUGCAAAAGAUGUGGAGAGGAUGACCAGAGAGUUGAUCAAAGGCAUCACCAACAAUUGGGAAGAUGUGGUAAAGAUAUACGAGCAGGAUCCAAGAGCUCACAAGAUCAAGCUUGGUAAAUCAGGGAACACAGCAUUGCAUAUGGCAAUUGCAAGUAAAAAAGAAGAUAUAGUUGAACAACUGGUUAAACUGAUUAAUGAGAGGAGUGAAAACGCGUUGGAGGUCCUCUCCAUAAAAGGUGGAGGUUGGGAGAAUAAUCCUCUGCAUUUGGCAGCUUCUUUGGGAAGCAUUCCCAUGUGUGAAUGUAUCAUUGGUGAUAAGCAUAAACAACUAUUGGGUACUCGGAACUGUAUUUCUGCAACGCCUAUGUACAUGGCGGUUUACCAUGGUAAGAAAGACGCUUUCCUUUGGCUCUAUAAAAUGUGUGCUGAGAACCCCGCCCAAGCCCUUGUCUACUGCCAUGCCAGUCAUGGUAUAACUGCUCUUCACAUUGCCAUUGCAAAUGGAUACUCGGAUCUGGCAUUUCAAAUCAUCCAUACCCUGGAAGGUCUCAUGGAUUCUGUUAACGAGAGUGGACAGUCCCCUCUUCAUAUACUGGCUCAGACUCCUACUGCAUUUAGAAGUGGCAUUAAUCUCAGCUUCUUCCACAAAAUCAUUUAUAGUUGCAUAUACGUUGAAGAGCUCAUCCCGGAGACUUUCAAAGAGAAAAAGAAGGUGGAGAGUCUUUGCUAUCCAUACAACUAUGAAACAUGUAUCAACUUCUUUCAAGUGCUAUGGAAGAUGAUUAAAUUACUAGUGACUGGCGGAAAAAUUGUAGGAAAAUCAAACAAGCAGUUGGAUGCAGAAAAAAUUGAAGAAGGGCAAGGCCACCAUUCAAGCACUGGAGCUCAAGGCCGUCAAGUUUUCCCCUCAACUACAUAUGACAGAUGCAUGAACUUCUUCGGGCUUAUUCUAUCUAAACUGGUUAACCGCUCAAUAAUGCUGGGAUCAAGGGAGAUAAGGACGCUAAAAGAGAUUAAAGAGACACACAUAUGGUCUGUUCAAAUCAUGAACAAACUACUUGAACAUGCUGUGAAGUCUGAACCUGAAAACGAUGAGACAAGUGAGAUAAACACACAGAUGAGGAGAAAAGCUUUUUACACACCAAUACUAGCAGCAACAGUGAACGGUGUCGUUGAAAUGGUAGAGAAAAUCCUGCAAGAAUUUCCUAUGACCAUUCAUGACUGGGACAGCACACGGAAGAACAUAGUGCUGGUAGCAGUUGAGUCUAGACAAUCCCAUAUAUAUGACUUCUUACUUAGAAGGAGGAGUGAUGUUGUUGAUAAAGACCUUGCAUUUCAUGAGAGGGAUGAGAAAGGAAAUUCCGCAUUGCAUAUAGCCGCAGGGCUACAAAAUUCUCGAGGCUGGUUUAUCCCCACCAGCAUGUUGCAACUGCAGUGGGAAGUCAAAUGGUUUGAGUAUGUGAAGAACACCUUGCCACCAGAUUUCUGUAUCGGUACAAAUAUCUAUCGAAAGACCGCACUGCAGAUCUUUACAGAAACACAUGGACAACUCCUUGACAAAAGCAAAGAAUGGCUCAACAACACAUGCAAUUCUUGCUCUUUCAUCGCAGCUCUUAUAUCAACCGUCGCCUUUGCCUCAUCAGCCACUGUACCAGGCGGGGUCGACCAAGACACUGGCGAGCCAAUUUUCCAACACCAUUUGGCUUUUAGAUUUUUUGCAAUUUCAUCACUGGUUGCACUUUGCUCUUCUUUCAUCUCUUUGCUCUUUUUUUUUGCCAUUCUUACUUCCAAGUACGACUAUAAAGACUUUAGUUACAACUUGCCUUGGAAUAUUAUACUAGGUUUAACCUCUCUCUUUGUAUCCAUGGCGGCCAUGUUAUUAUGUUUCUGCUCUGGGCACUUCUUAAUGCUUGAUGAUCAUUUGAAAUAUCCUGCUAUCCCGGUAUAUGCACUCACCCUCUGGGCAGUCACAUACUUUGCUCUCCAACAGUCCUCAUCAUAUUUUAUUCUUCUGAGGGCCACGUUUAAGAAGGUGCCUCAGCGUAUGUACCCGCAGGAUCCAUUGUAGCAUUUUCUAUUUGAGUUUCCAAGAGGCAAUUAUGCCAAAUUUGUGAUGGCCAGAUCAAAUAUUAGUUGAUGUAAUCUUUCAGCCACUUUGGGUCCUGGA